AUGGCAGCCUCAAACUCCAGCAGUGCACUGUCCUCCACCUUCUACCUCACCGGGAUCCCAGGCUAUGAAGAAUAUCACCACUGGAUUUCCAUCCCAUUCUGCUUCCUCUAUCUGGUUGGGAUAACAGGCAAUUGCUCCAUCCUAUAUAUUGUCCGGACUGACUCCAGGCUCCAUGAGCCCAUGUACUACUUCCUUGCUAUGCUCUCUCUCACAGACAUGGCCAUGUCUUUGACCCCAAUGAUAUCCCUUUUUAGGGUGUUGUGGUCCAUUUCUAGGGAGAUCCCCUUCAGUGUCUGUGUGGUCCAAAUGUUUUUGAUUCACACUUUCUCCUUCACUGAAUCAUCUGUGCUCUUGGCCAUGGCCCUUGACAGGUAUGUGGCUAUCUGCCACCCCCUGCGAUAUGCUACCAUUCUCACCCCAAAACUGAUUGCCAAGAUUGGAAUUGCAGCCCUGCUUCGAAGUGCUAUUCCACUAAUUCCACUUCUUGUUCGUCUGGCUUUUUUUUCCUUCUGUCACUCCCAUGUCCUUUCUCAUUCCUACUGUCUGCACCAGGACAUAAUCCGCCUGGCCUGUGCUGACAUCAGAUUUAAUGUCAUUUAUGGGAUGAUUGUGAUUAGUAUGCUGUGGGGUAUGGACUCUCUGGGAAUUUUAGUAUCUUACAUUUUCAUCCUCCACUCAGUGUUAAGAAUCGCAUCCCGAGAGGGCAGGCUUAAGGCACUUAACACUUGUGCAUCCCACAUCUGUGCUGUGCUCAUUCUGUAUGUGCCCAUGAUAGGGUUAUCUAUUGUCCAUCGCUUUGCCAAACAUUCAUCUCCCUUUGUUCACAUCUUUAUGGCUCAUAGCUACUUAAUGGUUUCACCAGUGCUCAACCCAAUUAUUUACAGUGUGAAGAACAAGCAGAUCCGUCAAGGAGUCCUUCAUCUGAUUUCAUCCCGGAAAAUGGGUUCCACUUUGUGCUAG